UUGAAUGAGUAUAGUAGCCGUAGUGAUUUAAAAUUCAAAAUAAAUUGUCAUCAUGACAGUAAUAGCACAAAUUGUUGUUCUAUUUUUAGUGCAUAUAUACUCCCCAUCUGCAUGCAUUUUUCCGUUAUCAUACAAUGUAAGCUUCAAAAACGAAGAAACAUUUAUAAUAUCAGAUAUAGAACAUGACGAAAAUGAUGAUGUCUAUCAGGCCGAAGACGAGAUGCUAAAAGAAGAUGAAGUUAACGAACAAAAUUUAGAGGUCGACAGUAAACAUUUUAAAAAGUUACACCAAAUAUCCUCCAAUUACAAUAACAAAAAAGAGUUUCAGUACAACAGUAAAUUGAAACUAAAACCGAAAGAGCAUUUUCAAAGUGCAAAUGAUGAAGAACCAUGGGAAACUUCUAUCAUAUAUCCAAAUGAUAAUGGUACGAAUGACAAGAGGAAUUACAAAAUACGACAAACUCACGAUAAAGAAGACUACAAUUAUGACGCUUUAAAAGUUGAGUAUGAUAACGAUAUCAAAAAAGAAGAAAAAUCGAAAAAGACAUUGAAGUAUUCUGAUACUAAAGAAGAAGAAAGCUUUAAUGACGCUAUUAAUGCAGUUGUGCAUCCAGUUCAGCAGAAUUGCACGGUUGAACAACAAAAAGGGAUAGGUUUAUCUGCUGUACAAUGCCUUAUGACUGACAUAAUGGAUCCUAAAACUAACAAGGCAAAACGGAGUGAACUACUUAACAGAGUUAAGAAACUAAUCCUCAUAUGGAUCGCAAUGUACCUCAUAAUUGCAAUUCCAUGUUGGUGCCAAAGAGGAUGGUGCUGUUGCUGCUUCCAAUGCUCAACGUGUAAACCCCAUCAGAACAUUGAUAAAGCGAAAAAGUUCUUAAUGGACAAUCCGCCAGGUACUUACAAAGAGUCGGCCAAAAAAGUGAUCACAUACAAACCGACACAUUACGAAAAAUACGCUUAUAAGAACCUGGAAAAAGCACUGUUAAACUUAUAGCCUACCUGAAUAACU